UACAGUGGAAGAAGUGUCGGGUGGCCUGCAAAUUUUCCGAGUUAGCUUGCGUAACGCGUGUGUGUACUUCAUUUGCUGGGAAAACCGGAAUUGAGCGGAGCCUCCGCCACAGAAAGCCCCCCCGAAAGCUCAGGGUGAAUUCCACAGGGGAGCCCUCCCCCCAUUGAAUUUAAUUGGACAUUUGGAUAACCGCGUGUGCUUGAAAAGCUCAUUCAGAACACUCUCCGGUGGUCCGGCUUAGCUGUGGUUUAAUUAAAGAAUAUUGUGUGCCAAUUCGACGGUCGCGCCUCUUUCGUCCACCCGACCGGCUGGCUGGCUGGGUGUUGGUCCACCAGGAGGGUGUACCUUCUUAAACUCUAACCUCAAACUUCCUCAGUACAGGAGUUUUCCUUACAUACAUAUAUAAUUUUUCUGAAUAGUGCUUUUAAUUUUAAGUGCUCAAACGUUCGUAUUCGAUGUAAAAGUGCCGUGGAAUUUCCCUGUAGAGGGCAAAAACAUCCGUAAAUGUGAAUAUGUAUGUGUAUGUUAAACACGGAAGUGCCGAAGGAAUUCUCUCCAUCUGAGCACGUGCUAUCAAUAUAUAGUUCGGAGGUGUGGUUGGCAGAACAAAAGAAAUCUCUUAGAAUUGCGAUUAUUGUCGUUCUUUUGGUCGGAGCUGCAGUAUUAACGUUCUUUGGAAUUGCGUGUUGCUUGCGGGCAACUCAUAGGGCCUCUAGGGCUCUGGCAUUACCAAUACCGCUCCUGCCAGACGAUCAAACUCCUCUUAACGCGGAGCCGGAACAUCUUGUACCCAUGCUCUCGGUACAGUCGCCCGGCUGCGCGGGAAUGGAGCGGCUCGGCGUUCCUGCCCGCACUUCACUCAAUUCACCGUCAGUUCAUGACGACAGAAACCCUAUAAGUCGAAGAAUGCGAGUAGAUGCCAUCCAGGCAAGAGAUUCGCUACAACAUCAAAAUGUGAUUCGAUGUCCUCACCACGUCCCUGUUGGCGGAGACAGCGAAUGGGGCCCGGAUAGAGAUUUACACAUAAGAACUCCAUAUCAGACGGAGAUCACGAGGACUUACAUCCGACCUCCACCCAACAAGACCGCUCUAGACGUUCCAGACACCUCCUAUAGCCCGGCGGCAUUCUCGCAACGCUCUUCGGCGUCUAGCUCAUCGUCGAAGCCGAGCAAAUCUAGCUCUUUCAAGUUCUUCUGGCGUGCCAAGGAUAGCCCAUCACGGGCGUCUACACCCGCCAUGACGGCUAACCUGCCGUCAUCUGCCGCCAACUUUCACACACACAGCCGGCAGGCGCUCGAUACAGCGCCCAAUAUUGUGGAAAAUGGUCAGCACACCUGACCCACUUGGAGCUGAACCGUAGCGCUUCAAUCGGGUCACGUAGCCGACUCACGUGCCGCUUAGAUGGCGCGACGAAGAAGAUGAAAAAAAAGUUGUCCCUUAAAAGUCGCUAAAUUAAUUUUGAUAGGAAAAUUUUUACCUUGUUACUUUUAACGAAAAUUUAUGUGUGUGAGCGAGACAUGCUCGGGACAUAUUCGUGCGUGACUCACGUGACUAAUUAAAUUAAAUGAGGAGAAUGAAAAAAAAAAUGAGAAGAAAAGAAAAUAGGGCAAAUUGAAGCACCGAUGGCUGGGAAUGUGUAAUCCAAUUUAGAGGACACUAGAGCAAAACAAAUUGUAAAUGAAUUUAAGAUGCAGCAACUUUAGUUUGAUAGAAAACGAGGUGAAGUGAGACAUUUUCUCGACCAUGGGCGUUUGUGAUAAGUGCGAGAUAUGAACCAAAAAAAAGUAAAAGAAAAGCAAAUGAGGAUAAACUCAAAUAAUAAGUGUGUGCGUGUGUGUGAUCCUUCCCAAAAAUGAACAAUUUAUCAACCAGAAUCUCCAAGACCAAUAGAUUAAAUGACAAAAGGUUUCUAUUUUGGCGCCAAAAUACCCAAAAAAUUUUGGCGGAAAUCUCAUGGGGAGGCCCACACAUUGUUCAGAAAACCACGGAGAGCACAUUGGAGCGCAAAAACGACCGAGAGCGAUGGGCAAAAAAGUAACUCAGAAAGACAGCAGGAAGCAUCAAACGAGAAUCACUGAAGGUGAAGAAAAAAUGCAGAUUAGAAAGUAUUUUUUACUUGUGUAAGGAAAAAAAAUGGGAGAAAAAUCAUUAAAUUAAAAUAAUUUACAAGUUGAUGUUACUGUUGUUGUUAUUGUGGCAAAAGAAACUUGAAAAUUUUGAAGCUAGAAUUCUUAUUAAUAAGUAAUCGAGGUGGAAAAAAAGAUUAUUUUAAAAUAUUUAAAAAAGAAAAGAGAAAACUCCUAAUCCAUUGGCUAUAUAAGUUACAUGAACGACAUUUAAAGAAAUUGUAAAAAAAAUUAAAGUCUUUCUCCAAAAAAAGAAAAAUAUAUAUAUAUGAAAUGACAAAGUUUGAAAACGAUUAAUUUGGUGAACAAAAUUUGUGUGUUUCGGAUGCUUUCACUCUGUACAAAAAAAAAACAACGGAUUAAAAUAAUAAUUAAAAAAACAAAAACAAGAAAAGGAGUCUUUUAAUAAAGACAAAAGGACAAAUACUUGAUGAAAUCAUGCCGACAACACACUAACAUACAAAUUAUUUAAAGAGUAAAGACUGAAUUACCAAUUUAAUAUUAAAUAAAAUUAUUAUUAAAAAGGAAUUAAGAUUAUGAGAUGAAAAAGAGAAAAAAUUGUAAUAUUUGAGAGUAAUUCAUUACUUCUUCAUUUUUUUUAAUUAAUAUUAUUAAAAUCACUUGUUAUUAACUCUUUAUUUAAUUUAAUAAAAAAAAACAAGAAGAAAUCAUGAAAAAUGCAUUAGAAAUUGUAUUCAGUCGCUCUAGAAUGCAACAAAAAAGGAAGCAAAAUUGACAAAAAAAACUAAUAUCAAUAUAAUUUCAUUUUUCCAAUUCACUUAAAAUCAGAAUAAGUCAAAAAUAUUCUAAGGAUUAAAAGAAAAACUAAUUGUUUGCCUAUAUGACAAGAUGUCACCGAAUGCUGGUCAUUUGGCGCGUAAAAAUUCUAACGUGAGUCAAAAAAAGAAAAGAAUUUAAGUACAACAUGUAAUAUAAAAAGUGAAAUUAUUCAAAAAAUUUAAAUUCUGUUCUCUAACAUUAAGUAGAACAUGUCUGAAGGAGUCGUCUGGCUUUAUUUCUUAAUUUACAAACCUUUGAUUUAUCCACCCCCGUAGGCGGGAAUCAAUCUGAUUAAAUAAACUUUUCUUUGUAUUUGUAAAUUCAAGAAUUAUUUUAAAAAUUCGUCAAAUAUCCAAAAUUUUGAAAAGCUGAAAAUUAAUAAUUUUUUAAAGAAAAAGAUUUCAGAAAAAUAUUAAAAACUUUUCUCUAUUCAGUUUAGUUUUUUUUUAAUUCAGAUCAUCAGAAUUAGAAAUUAUUUUUUGAAUUUUUGAAACUGAAAAAUUACAUUUUUUUUAAAUUUUUCAUUCAAAUUCUCUUUGUAGUUUUUGAAACUAGAAAGAUCUCUGCCAACAAUCAAGUUCUCAGACAUGAUUAAGAAAUAUCCUGUGUCAUUUCCUUAAUCAUAAAAAAAACAAACUAAGAUCCGAAAAUGCCCUUGUCAAAACAAUAUUUCAAAAGAAUUAAUAUCGACAAAAAUAACAUGAAAAUUUUAAUAAAGAAAAUGCUCAAAAUCGGACAUUUUGCAGAUUUUUCUCCAUAAAAAGAAAGAAGGAAAAAACAAUAAUUCAUAAAAAAAUAUAUUUUCAACUGCUUUUUGAUGUCUCAAUCAAUAUAAUAAUAAACAAAAAAUCACGCAAAAAAUGAAAGUGAAUAACCAUAGAAAUUUCAAAUAAACUCUUAAGAUUAUUGAUGAGUCAAAAAAGAAAAACUUGAAAUAUUGAAUAGCACAAUUUACCGUACAAUAUUAAACGAACAGAUAAAGAUUACCUAUAUAUUGAGAAAAGUAACAUGAUCAAUCCAAUAUUCACUGUAAAAAAAAGUAAUUUUCAUGCUAAAAAAUUACUUUUUCGAAAAUUUCUUAAAUGUGCAACAAAAUUAACUACAAACUGAUCAUAAAAAAAUGAAUAUUAAUUGUUGUAUAUACUCGAGCCAAUUAAAAAACGUAAAAAAAAGUGGAAGAAUGGAAUUUAAAAAUAAAAAAAGAGAAAAAAACUCCAUUAAAAAUGAGGAAAAAUUGAACUAGUCCUUAAUUAGAAAGAAAGAAAGAAUGAAAAAAAAUAAGGAAAACAUCAGAAAAUGCGUAAGAAAAAAUCAAGUAAAAAAAUAAAAGGUUAGAAAUUAGAAAAAUAUUAUUUUUUGAAUAAAAAAAUUAUAUUUUGAAAAUGUAAAUAGUGUAAAAUAGACAUUAAAUUAAAUUAAUUAUGGUGACAAAUUUGGAAUGAGGAAGGAGUAAAGAAAUUUAAACAAAAAAAUUACUCGUGCAUUUAAUGAAAAGAGAGAGAGAGAAAAGCCCAAGAAAAGUGAUUAGUUCAAUAAGUAAAAAAAACUGCUGAAUCCACUAAUUUUCCGAAUUGUAUUUUUUUUUGUUUAUUUCCCUUCCAUACCUUAUCUACUAAAACUUCCCGUGAACAGCUUUCAUUUCUAGAGAACAAGAAAAUAGACACACUUCGAUGGAAAAAAAAUAACUAUUUGAAUGAAUUUUUUUGAAAUUUGCAGAGGUACGCUAAGAAGCAGCAACAUUGAUAAAUACUGCUCACAGUUUGCAGAGGAGAAUGAUAGAUAACAAGAUAAAAGUAAUAAAAAUAAGUGAGGAGGAAAAGCAACUUCUUUUUUUUAGGUAUUUAAAUGUAUUCAUAGAAAAAGAAUAUGAAAAAAAUCAGACUAUGCAGAAUGAAAGAAAAAAAUCUAAAUAGAAGAAUCAUAAUACAAACAUUUUUAGCAUCGAGAAAACCAUUAAACUUAUAUUUAUAAAAAGAAAAGCGAGAGAUCCAUUAUUUUAUUCAUAAUUUUGUGGUUCAAAUGCUAAGAGAUUUGUGCAGGCAAGAAAGAAAAGUGGAAGGAAAUCCUCUUGAGUUUUGUGAGAAGAAGUGAAAGAAAUGGAGAAAAAAAGAAGUAACACAUUUAUGUUUUUUAUGUAAUUAUUUAAUUUAACUGAAAAAAGAAGCGAAAAUAAAGCAACACAUAAGAGUAUAAAGAGAGGAAAGAAUUAAAAUAUGAAAUAGGAAGAAAAAAAAUAAUGGUGAACAUAAUACAGUGAAAAUUGCAAGAAAAAAAUAAACAAAUUCUGUGUCCUAUGCGAUAAAUUUUCAAAAAAGGGAAAUGCAACAAUAAAGCAGAAAACACACAUAAAAAUAUGAGGAACUUAUUACUAUUACUCAAUUAUUAUUUUAUAAACAUAAAAGAAUAAUAAUAAUAAUAAAAGAAAUUUAACAUUCCCCA